AAGCUUAAGCUCCAAGGUAGCCAAGCAACAAUACCUUCUCAUUUCACAGAACAAAGAUAGAGCCAAGAACCAAAUUUAUACUGAGAGAUCCAUAGUCCUUGCUAAUUAGAAGCGAUGAGCGGCCUGGGUCCGGCAGCCUGUUGGCUGGCACACAAACGAAUUGAGUCCUGGUCCCGGAUGGCCAAGGAGCGUGUGGGUGCGGUUCGGCGCGUAACUAUUGAUCGGAACUCCGGAGACGAGAGCAGCGCUAGUGGGAGCAGUACGGCGGGCAAUAGCACCAUUCCAACCACUAGCGAGGCAGCCGCAGCACCCAACUCCUCGGGAACCGCGACAACACCGCCGCCACAGCCGAUGACACCACCGCCGUCGGCCUCGUCUGUGACCUCCACCACAAGUGGGAUUGGAAGCGUUUCGGCCGGUAGUGGCAGCGAUAGCUGUGAUUUGACCACGGACUCGGAGGAGGUCAACAUAGCCAAGGAAUCGCAACCCAUCCAGCCGCCUAGACAGGUUCAUGGCCUGGCCAUGGGUAUAAAUAAUCACAUGGGAUCGGGAUCGGGAGCGGUUUCUGGAACGGACAUCUUGCGCGGCCCCGUCGAAGUCUUUCACAGUCCGUUGCACUUGCAUCACCAGAGCCGCUCGUUUCCGCCGCGACUCCAGCGCACGCCGUCCAUAUCCAGCCAGAGCAGCGUGGACAGUGCCCCAUCCCGGCAUUCGUUCAAAACGCAGGGUCAUCGCGGUUCCUCCCCCCAAAUACGAACCUUUGGACCGGACGGACGUAGCUCGUUGCCGAGUGAACCAGCCUUCCCACACCACCUGGCUCGAUCCCCCAGUCCGAUGCGCACCAUCUCGCUGGACGCCCGAUGCGGCAGUCCCGCUCACAUAACCGAUCCGGGGGACAUUCGCACCCCCAGUCCUUCGCAGAGCAGCCUCGCAUCGUUGGCCGGAGUCACUGCAGCUGUGGGUGGGGGCCGGGCGGGGGGUCGCUGCCUGUCUCCGCUUCUAAUACCGCCAAGAUCACAGCCAGGCAUGGAUCCCGCCGUGGGUCCAGCGUCUCCCUUGGGGGCGCUUCAGCCGGAUCUGUAUCGAUUGCCGGACGGACCCGUCUACCUAACAGCGCCGGAGUCGAGUCACGCAAUGGGUCGACUUCACCUGCGUGUGAAAUACGAUUAUCAUCUGUUCGAUCUGACAGUACAUUUGAUUGAAGCUCACAAUCUUAGCCCAAUCGAGGAAGGUGGCUUCCGCGACCCCUACGUCCGUCUGAUGCUCCAGCCAGAAGUGGACAGCCGGAAGCGACAGACGCACAUCCAUCGCGGCGAAUCCAAUCCGUACUUCGACCAGCACUUCAAGUUUCCGGUUUCGCGAGAUCAACUGCAGGGCAAGGAACUGGUUCUGCAGGUGCUCGACUACGAUCGCUAUUCACAUAACGAUAUCAUCGGGGAGGUUCGCCUCUCUGUGGAUGGUUUGGAUUUGUCCAAGUCGGUUGAGAUCUGGGGGGAUUUGCUGCGGACUAAAAAGCCCAAAGAGGAUCGACCGGAGUUGCUGUGCUCUUUGAACUAUUUACCUCAAGCGGAACGUUUGACGGUUGUUAUUAUGAAGGCCCGAAAUUUGGACACUGUACAGGAGCCGUAUGUGAAGAUUUAUCUGAUUCAAAAUGGCAAGCGCAUCAAGAAGAAGAAGACCAGCAUUACCAAGUCGGACGACCCCACCAAUCCUAUCUGGAACGAGGCAUUCACGUUUAAUCUGCAAUCAAAUUAUCUCCACAGUGCGGCCAUUGAGAUCUAUGUUGUUGGGGCUGGUAGCGAGGCAGCGGAAAUUGGCUGUUGCGGCCUAGGCCCCCAGGAGAGCGGUACCGGCUGCCAGCACUGGCACGACAUGAUUAACAAUGCCCGCAAGCCCACGGCCAUGUGGCACUACAUCCGAUAGGCAUCUGCUGGAAUCAAACAGUACAGCCGUACAGAACUAUACAUACAGCAUCAAAUCGUGUCUGUCUCGGUGAAUGUAUCUUAAUCUAACAUCUUACUUUAUGUCUGUGUCUGUAACGUACUCGUGUUCGUGUGAGGCUCUGUGCACGAUAUGAAUAUUCAAAUGUAGUUAUGUUAAAAUCUUCAUUAGAAUUAUCAAAUUCGAAUCUAUAUUUGUCGGCUAUACCUGUUUAUAGCUUUUAACCAAGCGGGAGCAUGCCCUCCAUUGAGCUCAAAUGAAAAGUUCCUACACCGUAAAGAAAACUAAACAAAUUCAGCAAGAAAAGGUAAUUCAUUAAACAUUUCAGUUGUGCACUUUGUGCAACGGCUAUGAGUGAAAUCUUUACAAAAAGCACAGAAACAAUACAUGACAGAAAUGGUAGUCGCACAUAACACUUACACAUGUCAACCAGACUCGUUGACAUAUCCCAAUCGUCGUCAACAGUUUGAGGUCGGACCGAGAAUUCUUUCGCUUCGUCUGAGAGUCAUUCAAGUGUGCGUUUCUUAAAUAAUUAUGAAUACUAUACACAUUCAUGUACCGCAUAAGGCGCGGGCCAUGCUCUUCGCGUCAUAUAGGUGAGUGGUCGUCAAUCAUGUAGGAAGGAAACCUCCCUCAAAUUGGCUCAGACGACAAAACAUCUAAAGGAGUAGAGUGGAGUCUCUUUUGUGCUGGCGACAGUUGACAAAUUGCCAUCCUGCUGUUGUCCUUUUGCAAUGCGAUCCUAUGUGUACUUGAAUGGGUGUGUGCAAUAUGUGUUUGUCGUCAAUGAUGCUCUCUUACUCCCAGAGCAAUCGAGAGGGUUUAUGCUAAUUGUUAACUUAAAUAUUCUUUUCAACCCAGGACGAGAAAUUCUAUCAAAGGAGACCUCCACUGAAAAAGUAGUCCGAAGUCAUUUCCCAACCACUAAAACCUAUUUUAUAUGUACUUACAACGAGAAUUGCCACCUAUCCACUCGGCGUGCCAUCUAAUUUAUAAGGGCGUUAAUAGGAGGAACGGACUACGGAUUUCCAUCAAAUAAAGCUAUGCGUGUGUUUUUGGUGUUUUUGGGAAAUAUGUCCUCAUUAUACUAAUGUAAUGUAAUGUAUGUGUAAAAUAUGGUAUAUACAUAUAUACAUAACAAAUAUG